AUGAGCUCUCUUGACUUUCUAGACCAAACGUCCCUUAGGCUUAAAAGGUAUGACGUCAUACAACACCUUGACUCCAGUACAACUAGUGAAGUGUUUCUUGUGGCCAGCAAGAAGAGCAAGCGCUUGUAUGUUCUCAAACAAAUGCUCUUCUCCAACAUGAGUGAAAAGGAUUCAAUGCGAGUUAAACGGGAAAUUCUCGUCAUGAAGUGGGUCGAUCAUCCAAAUGUUGUGAAGUUCAAGGAGAGCUUUGCAGGGAGUAAUUCAAUUAGUAUCGUAAUGGAGUACUGCGAGUGCGGUACUUUGGAGGGGCUGAUUGAGCAACAACGGUGCCGUAGAAGACCUUUCGCUGAGGACCUGCUCGUCGAAUGGAUGGCGGAGCUGCUUUGCGCCUUAGCCUAUAUCCACUCUAAAGGGAUUCUGCAUCGUGAUAUCAAAGCGAGUAAUAUCUUCGUGACGAGAAAAAAUCACCUCAAAUUGGGUGAUUUUGGUGAGUCGACCCCCUUGACCAAUGACGAUGGAGGAAGUUGGGGGAUGAUCGGGACGCCGCUGAACUUUGCGCCUGAGGUUUGUGAAGGCGCCGCCUAUAACGAGCGCAGUGAUGUAUGGAGUCUUGGUGUGGUGUUCUAUGAAAUGUGCGCUCUGCGGCCCCCUUUUGAAGCUUUCAACUUGUUUUCUCUUCUACAACAAAUUCUUACAGCGGACGUGGAGCCAUUCUGGAUGGGACUUUCCCCCCAUCUUGAGGAGAUCGUGCGGGAGAUGCUAAACAAGAACCCCGACCAUAGGCCUACCGCACAGGGGCUAAUAAAUGAGCAUCUGAUGGUUCCCGCAAGCCACCCAUCGCACCCUUUUCAAAAUCCACAGAUGGGCCGCCUCACACAGCAGCUUUACGGCCCGGGGCCGUCCUAUGCGAAGCACCGGCCACACUCCCGUGAAAAGACGACCGGGGUGCCGAUCCACCUUCGUGGCUCCUACGAAUUGGCGGCAUCGAGAUACUGA